UGGAGACUCAAUGGCUCCGACUUUUUAUACAAUUUUUGGGUACAAAGCUUCUCAACUAUGCUGCUUUUGAAGACGCUGCCGUGAUCGUGCGCUCACUCUGGUGGACUUGUCGCUAGACGCUCAGCGAUCGUGCAUGCAAAUGCCUAUAACGAGAAAUCAGUUGUGAAUGGCAAAAGCUUGAAGUAGGUAAUAUUGCCACGGAGACGUGCGUUCGCUUAUAUGUACUACUAUUUAUCCAGCUUAGUGCAGCACGUUUAACGCUGUAUCGUCCGUCGUGCGCCUUUUCGUUCGUUCGUUUGUAUAUGCAAUUACUAAGUACGCGCUGGAGCUGGUGCUUAAGUGGAAACUGAAAUUGAAGCCUUCGAAGAGAAAACGAGAGUUGAAAAAAGCAAUCAAAAAAAAUACUAAACAUAUUUAUAACUAAUGUCAGCAGCAAACAUAAACAAUUGCAACAAAAACUCACGUCAUGAAUGCAACAAAAUGCAUAAAUACAACAACUAAAUUCCCCAGCAGUCACAGUGACCCUAACUUCCAUCGAACGGAGCUUGCCUUUUUCGUCGAAGUCGCCGCCACCCCACUCACCUUCAAUACAACAAUCACCAACAGCAAUAACAACUGCCUGUCAUUCCAAACAACCUCAGGAAACGGCGGUUCACUUGCGAACAAUCCCUGGCAGCAGGCAAAAAUAUCGACGAGCCGAGAAUAUUCUAGAGCAACGGCACAAAGUACAACAUUACCAACAACUGCAACAAAAACAGCAGCAACAAUGACAUUACUGGACAAGGAGAUGAGUGCGAGUGACGACGAGGAUACAAGUAAAUUGAUGCCAGCAGCAAUUAGAUUCAUCAACAUCAAUAAUAAUAACAAUAAUAAGAAUAAUAGUAGUAAUAACAACAAAUGCUACGGCAUCAGCAGCAACAACAGUUGUAGUAGCCACAACAACAGAAAUAAAAGCAAUAGUGACAGUCACGUACAAGCAAGCAGUUAUAACAGCGAUAACAACAACAGCACAAACGACAUCAGCAACAUCAACAAAUCUACAUCAAAAUCGACAGCGACAACAACAACAACAACAACAACAAGUGGUGCUAAAUUAGCCUCAUCGAAGUUUAUUAAUUCUCGCAAUAAAUUGAUGACAGCUACGACAACGCAUAUGAGGCAGCAGCAGCAGCAACAGCAACAAGAACACACUGAGCAACAACAACAAAACCGCAAUGAUAAAAUGUUGUCCAUAACAAGGGACCUCAAUCAAAUCAAUUUAAAAUCAUCAUCACUUUAUGCUAAUCAACAACUAUACAAUGACCACGACAACAACAGCAAUCAACUGAAACAACAACAACAACAACAACAACAACAACAACAACGCGAAGAAUGUGAUAACUUGAGUACAAACGUCAAUAGCAGCAAGAAGAACAAUAAUAAAUAUAAUAAUAAACAACAACAGCAAGGCGAGGAGGCGACAAAAAAAUACAACAACAACAACAGCAGCAGUUGCAAUAACAACAAUAAGGAUGAUAGUACCGUCAAUGAUAACGAGCAUAACAACAGCGACAAAUUGGCGCAAGUAAAUAAAAUGGAAAACAUGAAGAGCAGCAACAAGAAGAACAACGAGAGCAUUGAGCUCGCCCAACAGCAACAACAACAACUUGUAGCGGCAGCAAAACUAAAUUUACAAUUGGAAAAAAUAGCUGUGGUCAGCGAGAAAAUAAACAUAAACGCCGCAGCGACGAAAGUAAGAGUAGAAACACCAACAACAGCAGCAACAACAACGACAACAACAACAUUAAAAAUACAAGCAAUCGAAAGAGCAAAAACGUCAAAGCUUACACUACGCAAAUCAAACUCAACGCCAGCAUCAUUUAAAAUUGGUGACGUUGCAGCAGCAGCAGCAGCAGUAGCGUCGGCGGGCAAGAGCAUCAGCAGCAACAAUAACAACGAUAUAAAGUUGUUUUUGAAUGUGAGCCAAAGCAGAGUGGCGGAAACGAAAGUCAAUGAAGAGCUAAAAAAUUACAAUAAAAAUGAUAGUGAUGCCGCUGGUUAUGGUGAUGGUGAUGGUGACUACGACGUUAGCGGUGAUGAUGGUGAUGGUAAUGUUGGUGGUGGCGAAGUAUGCAAGUGCACAGCUGCAAUAAGAGUAAAAUUUGCACCAACGCUAACGCAUGCAAGGGCGCUGAAACUCACAAAUGCACCAGUUGAAGCAAUCAGUACAAAGACAAUAACACAAACAGCAGCAGCAGCAGCUACAACAAUAGAAACAACAACAACAACCAAGCUCGCAUCAAUAAAACCCGCAACAAUGGAUGUCGUAAUGCGUGCACCAUCUGCCGCGCAUGUCUCGCAACAACUACAACAACAAUACCAGCAGCAGCAACCACAGCAGCAACAACAACUGACAAAUGCGAAAUCCGCAAAAGCUAAAGAUAAUGAUUAUCAAGUCAUUCGUGGCAUUAAAAGCAGCACUAGUGGCGUCAGUGAUGUAGUCGUCGUUGCCAGCACGACGACGAUGCCGAUAGCAUCCCAUACCCCGUUGCCGCUGCCUAACGCCGUUAAUUUCGAUUUGGAUUUGCGCUUUGGUUGUGCGCAUUACAAGCGUCGCGCCAUGUUUGUGACCCCCUGUUGCAAUAAAUUCUAUAAAUGCCGUUUCUGUCAUGAUGAAAAUGAAUCGCACCACUUUGAUCGUAAAACAUUAACCGAAUUAAUAUGUUCCGAGUGUAAUACACGACAGAAGGUACAGGAGCAAUGUGAGGCAUGCGGCACGCGGUUCGGAAAGUACACCUGUCUCAUCUGUAACCUGUUCGACGAUACUGAUAAGAAACAAUAUCAUUGCAAUGGCUGUGGCAUUUGUCGCAUUGGUGGUGCUGAGAAUUUCUUCCAUUGCGAAGUGUGUGACAUGUGUCUGCCCAUAAGAUUGAAGAUCGAUGGACAUCGCUGUGUUGAAAACAUCUCACGUUCACAUUGUCCAGUCUGUUUGGGCGAUAUACACACAUCACGUAUACCAUGUCAUAUACCCGAUUGCGGUCAUCUACUACAUAAAACAUGUUUUGAUCAAUUACUCAAUUCUGGCCACUAUACAUGCCCGAUUUGUCAGACAUCACUAAUUGAUAUGACAGCAUUAUGGGAGUAUCUGGAUGCGCAAGCGGUUUCAUUGCCGGUGCCAAAGAAAUAUGAAAAUCAGCGUAUACAUAUUUUUUGCAAUGACUGUCACAAGACCUCAAAAACCAAAUUUAACUUUAUUGGCUUGAAAUGUAUGCAAUGUGGUGCAUACAAUACAACUCAAGAUGUUAAACGGCGCAUGUCGUUAGUUGCUGAUGAACCCUCAUCAGCAUGACGACUGUGCAGAGCAUAUAUAUUUUUGCAUGUAAAAUUCUUGUAAGAAAUUUCUUCUUUUCGGUUUGUUUCAACAUUUUC